GAACGAAUAGUGACGACAUUUGUGUAUCUUAGGAAAUAAACGGAAAAUAAGCAGCGUUUAAGUAAAUUAUUUUCACUUCAAAGCAAAGUCGUGUAGUGGCGGGAGUGUAAGGAACUCCCGAAUGACAGAAACAGAAUCGGUUCCUUGAACUGAACUGUUCGUACGAACCGAAUCGAUAUAACCGAAUCGGUCUUGGACAGAGAACGCGCGGACACCGUCAUAACAUAAGCGUGCCAGCAUUGUCGGUCCACACAUGCUUUGCAAAAUUACCCAAGUCCUAGUGUGAAGUGGUGCGUUUGUGUGUUCGCUGUUGUGUGUGUGUAAGGUUGUUCUUUUAAACAUGUCGGUGCGGGAGUCUUUUAACCCUGAGAGUUACGAGCUGGACAAGAACUUCAGACUAACACGCUUCACAGAGCUCAAAGGCACCGGCUGCAAAGUCCCCCAAGAUGUGCUUCAGAAACUUCUGGAAUCCCUGCAGGAAAAUCAUUAUCAGGAAGAUGAACAGUUUCUUGGAGCCGUUAUGCCCAGAUUGGGCAUUGGUAUGGAUACCUGUGUGAUUCCAUUGAGACAUGGAGGCUUGUCACUUGUGCAGACAACAGACUACAUUUACCCCAUAGUGGAUGACCCAUAUAUGAUGGGCAGAAUUGCUUGUGCCAACGUGUUGAGUGACUUGUAUGCCAUGGGGGUAACAGAAUGUGAUAACAUGCUGAUGUUGCUUGGUGUCAGUAACAAACUCACAGAGAAGGAGCGUGAUAAGGUCAUGCCACUUGUCAUCCAGGGUUUUAAGGAUGCGUCAGAGGAGGCAGGUACAUCCAUCACAGGUGGCCAGACCGUUUUAAACCCAUGGAUAGUCCUUGGGGGUGUGGCCACAACAGUGUGCCAACCUAAUGAGUUCAUUAUGCCAGAUAAUGCAGUACCAGGCGAUGUGCUGGUCCUCACCAAACCUUUAGGUACGCAGGUCGCAGUAGCAGUACACCAGUGGUUGGACAUUCCAGAGAAAUGGAAUAAGAUCAAGUUGGUGGUCACUCAGGAAGAUGUUGAACUGGCUUAUCAGGAGGCGAUGUUGAACAUGGCUCGACUCAACCGAACAGCGGCCGGGUUGAUGCACACCUUCAAUGCACACGCGGCGACCGACAUCACAGGUUUCGGGAUCCUGGGUCACGCUCAGAACCUGGCGCGGCAGCAGCGUACCGAGGUGUCCUUCGUCAUUCACAAUCUGCCGGUUCUCGCUAAGAUGGCUGCUGUGAGCAAAGCCUGCGGGAAUAUGUUCGGUCUCAUGCACGGCACCUGCCCUGAAACCUCAGGAGGUUUGUUGAUCUGUCUUCCUCGUGAGCAAGCCGCCCGUUUUUGCGCCGAGAUCAAAUCUCCCAAAUACGGCGAGGGUCAUCAGGCGUGGAUCAUAGGCAUCGUGGAGAAAGGCAACCGCACGGCACGGAUCAUCGACAAACCCCGCAUCAUCGAAGUCGCACCGCAGGUGGCCACGCAGAACGUCAACACCACCCCAGGAACCACGUCUUAAUUCUGAAUCCGUGAGCCCCACGACAACCCUGAACAGCUAGCGCACUCUAGCCACGCCUGAGCAUAUAUCAAAAGAAUGAUAUAUACAUGGUCUGCCCACCCUGGCCUUUGGGCAACACUUCUUAUGGACACUGUUAUAAAGCAGAAGUAAUAAGAACAUUUAACGAUUGCCCUUUGUGUCUAUAGUUUCAGUUUCAUUAACCCAACAUGCACCUGACUGUAAGGCAGCUUACAAGUAGAAAGUAUAAUUCAUGGUAUAAUUUUCAUUCGAUACUGUUGAUCACGUCCAGUAUUUUCUGCUCUUCCUCUGUCCCACCGAUAAAAGAUUCAACUAUUGCUUCAUGUCGUGUUUAAGACGUACGGUAGGUCAAAUUGUAUCAAAAUUUCACAAAGCUGUCACAUGAAAUAUAGUUUGAGUUCUUUUUCUACUUUUGUAUCAGCUCCUGUUUGUUGGGAACAUUAUCCAAUUGAAGAAACCUAAGAUAAUACCUCUGAACGCAUCAGUGCUUUUGAUGGCAGAAUGUUCGAAAUAAUGGAGACGCAGUUCGUAUCGUAUGAUUUUCACAAUUUGACAUGGACGUCAUUAUAGCUGUGGUAGAGCUGCUUUUAUAUUCUGUACAAAAUUCACAAUUCUCUCUGUCUCUCAUAUUUGCUAAUCGUUAUAUAUGUAUAUGCCUUUCCCUUCCAAUAAAUCUCGGAUCUUUUUUAA